ACUUUAUCACCACAACACGCGUCCUUGAUUCUUGUGGUCGAAAAUAUCCAGAUUCCUUCCCUUUUUGUUCACAACACCGCGUUUGCCUACCAUUAUUACUACCCAAAAUUCCCUUAAACUUGUCACCUAAUUAACGCGUUUUCCUGAGUUUACAAUCACUUUUCCUAUAAAAUCACGCGUCACGCAAAACCAACUGAACCAAACAGAACCGAACUCUCUUCCUUUCUUCUUCUUCUUCUCCGCCAUGGACAACGAGGUACGCGAGAUCUUCAAAAAGUUCGACAGGAACGGCGACGGGAAGAUCUCGUGUUCGGAGCUCAAGGACCUGAUGGCGGCGCUGGGAUCCAAGACGACGGCGGAGGAGGUACGCCGCAUGAUGGCGGAGCUCGACCGGAACGGCGACGGCCACAUUGAUCUGAAGGAGUUCGGCGAGUUUCACCGCGGCGGCGGCGGCGGAGAUUCGAAGGAGAUCCGGGAGGCGUUUGAGAUGUAUGAUCUGGACAAGAACGGGCUGAUUUCGGCGAAGGAGUUGCACUCGGUGAUGAAGAAAUUGGGGGAGAAGUGCUCGCUUGGUGAUUGCCGGAAAAUGAUCGGAAACGUGGAUGUCGACGGUGAUGGAAAUGUGAAUUUCGAAGAGUUCAAGAAGAUGAUGAGUCGCUCCUAGUCAUAGAUAGUAGGUAGAUGGUUAUUAGUUAAGGAUUUAACUUGCUUAUUUAUUGAAUUCCAGUGUAAUAAUCUGAUCAUUUCAUCAAGAGUUUGAUUGCUGUGCACUUCAACUAUAAAAAAAAAUGUUUUGCACAGUAGAAUUUAUCAAUUUAGUAUAUUAUUACUAUAUUAUAAUUAAUAUGAUUUACGAAAUUGUUAUUGUA